AUGUUUAAAAAUGAAGUUGAGGAAGAGGAAGGAGAAGAUUUUGACGAUGAAGUCGAAGAUUUUGCAACAUCAUCCUUACAUUCGUCGUUAUCUUCUCCUUUCCCUUCUCCCGCAUUCAUAUUGUU